GGAUUGGUUUUUCGCUUCACAAUCCCAACGCACUUCUUCUCUCAUUCUUCUUCCUCAUCUUCAUCUUCUCCGAUGCCACCAAAUAUCUAUAGACUCUCCUUCUUCUCAUCCCUACUCUGUUUCUUCUUCGUCCCCUGUUUCUUCUCUCUCGACGAACAAGGUCAAGCUCUCUUGUCAUGGAAGUCUCAACUGAACAUCUCAGGCGACGCUUUUUCCUCCUGGCACGUCGCCGACACAUCUCCCUGCAAUUGGGUCGGCGUAAAAUGUAACCGUAGAGGUGAAGUUUCGGAGAUACAACUCAAAGGCAUGGACUUGCAAGGUUCUCUGCCGGUGACGAGUCUCCGGAGCCUCAAGUCUCUUACUUCCCUCACUUUAUCUUCACUCAAUCUCACUGGAGUAAUCCCCAAGGAGAUAGGAGACUUUAUUGAGCUUGAAUUACUCGAUUUAUCGGAUAAUUCUCUCUCCGGCGAUAUCCCUGUGGAAAUCUUCAGGCUCAAGAAACUCAAGACUCUGUCUUUGAACACUAACAAUCUCGAAGGUCGGAUUCCGAUGGAGAUUGGGAAUCUUUCGGGUCUCCUAGAGCUUAUGCUUUUCGAUAACAAGCUAUCCGGAGAGAUCCCGAGGAGUAUCGGAGAGCUCAAGAAUCUACAAGUCUUUCGCGCUGGUGGGAACAAGAAUCUAAGAGGUGAGCUUCCUUGGGAGAUAGGUAACUGCGAGAAUCUUGUAAUGCUUGGUCUCGCUGAGACUAGUCUCUCCGGUAGACUUCCGGCGUCGGUAGGAAACUUGAAACGUGUUCAGACAAUAGCAAUUUAUACGUCACUCUUGUCUGGUCCAAUUCCGGAUGAGAUUGGAUACUGUACGGAGCUCCAGAACCUCUACUUGUACCAGAAUUCGAUCUCCGGAUCGAUUCCUAACACCAUUGGAGGUUUAAAGAAGCUGCAAAGUCUACUCUUAUGGCAGAACAAUCUCGUUGGGAAAAUCCCUACAGAGCUCGGGAACUGUCCCGAACUCUGGCUUAUCGAUUUUUCCGAGAAUCUCCUCACCGGGAACAUCCCGAGGAGCUUCGGGAAACUUGAGAAUCUACAAGAGCUUCAGCUGAGUGUAAACCAGAUCUCAGGAACAAUCCCUGAAGAGCUAGUGAAUUGCACGAAGCUUACGCAUUUAGAGAUCGACAAUAACCUUAUUACAGGAGAGAUUCCGUCAUUGAUGAGUAACCUAAGAAGCUUAACGAUGUUCUUCGCGUGGCAGAACAAGUUAACCGGAAGCAUCCCACAAAGUCUCUCCCAGUGUCGUGAGCUUCAAGCCAUCGAUCUCUCCUACAACAGUCUCUCUGGUUCUAUCCCAAAAGAGAUUUUUGGGUUACGAAACCUCACGAAGCUUCUUCUUCUCUCCAAUGAUUUGUCAGGUUUCAUACCGCCGGAUAUUGGAAACUGUACGAAUCUUUACCGGUUGAGACUCAACGGAAACAGAAUCGCCGGAAGUAUCCCGUCGGAAAUCGGGAACCUGAAAAAUCUCAACUUUGUCGAUAUAAGCGAGAACCGUCUCCUCGGGACAAUCCCUCCGGCGAUCUCUGGUUGUGAAAGCCUUGAGUUUCUCGAUCUUCACUCGAAUAGUCUCUCCGGUUCAUUGCUCGGUACACUCCCAAAAAGCUUGAAGUUCAUCGAUUUUUCUGAUAAUUCUCUGUCUGGUCCUCUGCCUCCGGGAAUAGGAUUGUUGACAGAGCUAACGAAGCUCAAUCUCGCCAAGAACCGAUUCUCCGGCGAAAUCCCUAGACAAAUCUCCACUUGUCGGAGUCUACAGCUUCUUAAUCUCGGCGAAAAUGCAUUCUCCGGUGAAAUCCCAGACGAAUUGGGUCGAAUCCCGUCUCUGGCAAUCUCUCUUAAUCUUAGCUGCAAUGGGUUCGUCGGAGAAAUACCGUCGAGAUUCUCCGACUUGAAAAACCUUGGAGUGCUAGACAUCUCUCACAACCAACUCACCGGAAACUUGAUGGUUUUAACGGAUUUGCAAAAUCUCGUCUCUCUCAACGUCUCCUUCAACGAUUUCUCCGGCGAUUUACCAAAUACUCCCUUUUUCCGGAAACUUCCACUCUCUGAUCUCGCCUCAAACAAAGGGCUUUACAUUUCUAAUGCAAUUUCGACCCGAUCCGACCCGAUGACCCGGAACAGUUCCGUCGUUAAAUUGACCAUUUUAAUUCUCGUCGUCAUCACUGCCGUACUCGUGCUCCUGGCGGUUUACACUCUAGUCCGGGCACGAGCCGCCGGAAAACAACUCCUCGGAGAAGAAAUAGAUUCGUGGGAAGUAACCCUUUACCAAAAACUCGAUUUUUCAAUCGACGACAUCGUUAAGAAUCUGACGUCAGCAAACGUGAUCGGAACCGGAAGCUCCGGUGUGGUAUACCGUAUAACGAUUCCCUCCGGCGAGUCUCUGGCGGUGAAGAAAAUGUGGUCGAAGGAAGAGAGUGGUGCGUUUAAUUCCGAGAUCAAAACUUUGGGAUCGAUUCGUCACAGAAACAUUGUUCGUCUUCUUGGUUGGUGCUCUAAUCGGAAUCUGAAACUCCUGUUCUACGACUAUCUCCCUAACGGUAGCCUGAGUUCUCGGCUUCACGGCGCCGGAAAAGGAGGAGGUGUUGAUUGGGAGGCUCGAUACGACGUCGUUCUUGGUGUGGCCCAUGCACUUGCUUAUCUCCACCAUGAUUGUCUCCCCACAAUUAUACAUGGUGACGUUAAAGCUAUGAAUGUCUUAUUGGGUCCUCACUUCGAACCCUACUUAGCUGAUUUCGGUUUAGCUAGAACCGUCUCCGGUUAUCCGAACACCGGAGUUGAUUUAUCGAAACCCACCAAUCGGCCUCCCUUGGCUGGUUCAUAUGGUUACAUGGCUCCGGAACAUGCUUCGAUGCAACGUAUAACUGAGAAGAGCGAUGUUUAUAGUUACGGAGUGGUAUUGUUAGAGGUUUUAACCGGGAAGCAUCCAUUAGAUCCGGAUCUACCAGGAGGUGCACAUUUGGUUAAGUGGGUGAGAGAUCAUUUGGCUGAGAAAAAAGAUCCGAGCAUGCUUCUUGACGCGAGACUCAAUGGACGGACUGACUCGAUAAUGCAUGAGAUGCUUCAAACUCUUGCGGUUGCGUUCCUGUGUGUUAGCAACAAGGCAAACGAACGGCCUUUGAUGAAAGAUGUUGUGGCAAUGCUCACGGAGAUACGGCACAUUGAUGUUGGACGAUCCGAGACCGAUAAGAUCAAAACUGGUGGUUGCGGAAGCAAAGAGCCACAACAAUUUAUGUCGAAUGAGAAAAUCAUCAAUUCUCACGGUUCGUCUAAUUGUUCAUUUGCGUUUUCGGAUGACUCCGUUUAAAAAAAAAAAAGGUACAAAAUUUAAACUGUGAGCUAUUGUUUACCAAGCUGUGUGAAUAUGCUUUUGUUGGAGCUUUAAAUUUUUUGAAAGUUUUUGUAUAAUCAAUUACAAUUACAGUU